CAAUCCUCGAUCAAUAAUACCUGAACGAUGUCUCUUGCGCCAGUUCAGAUUUUCGGUGAGCAGGCCACUGAGGAGAGGGGAGAGUCCGCUCGUCUCUCUUCCUUCGUUGGUGCGAUUGCUAUUGGUGAUUUGGUCAAGAGUACUUUGGGUCCUAAGGGAAUGGACAAAAUCCUCCAAUCAGCAUCAGAUGGUUCAGUUUUGGUUACCAACGACGGUGCGACUAUCUUGAAGUCCGUCGCUCUCGACAACGCCGCCGCCAAGGUUCUCGUCAACAUUUCCAAGGUUCAGGAUGACGAGGUCGGUGAUGGUACCACCUCCGUCUGUGUCCUCGCAGCAGAGCUCUUGAAGGAGGCAGAACGUCUCGUUGCGCAGAAGAUCCACCCACAGACCAUUAUUGAGGGAUACCGCAUUGCCAGCACCGCGGCUUUGCAGGCCCUCGAGAAGGCUGCUGUCGAUAAUGGCAAGAACAACGAGGCUUUCAGGAAAGAUUUGAUUAAUAUCGCAAAGACUACGCUGUCUUCGAAGGUUUUGAGUCAGGAUAAGGUGUACUUCUCGGAGUUGGCUGUGGAUGCCGUGUUGAGGUUGAAGGGAAGCACGAACUUGGACAAUAUUCAGGUUAUCAAGAAGGUUGGAGGACGCAUGAUUGACUCUUACCUUGACGAGGGUUUCAUUUUGGACAAGCGUAUUGGUGUUAACCAGCCCAAGCGUAUGGAGAACGUCAAGAUUUUGGUUGCCAACACACCUAUGGACACGGACAAGAUCAAGGUUUUCGGUGCGAGAGUACGAGUGGACGCGACCGGUAAGCUCGCGGAUUUGGAGAGGGCAGAGAAGGACAAGAUGAAGGCAAAGGUCGAGAAGAUCAAGGCGCACGGCAUCAACUGUUUCAUCAACCGUCAGCUCAUCUACAACUGGCCAGAACAGCUCUUCGCUGAUGCUGGUAUCAUGUCGAUUGAGCAUGCCGAUUUCGAGGGUAUUGAGCGUCUUGCUCUCGUUACUGGUGGUGAGAUCGCUUCUACUUUCGAGCACCCUGAGCUUGUCAAGUUGGGUCACUGUGACCUUAUCGAGGAAGUCAUCGUCGGCGAGGACAAGAUGAUCAAGUUCUCCGGUGUCGCCGCCGGUGAAGCCUGUACCAUCGUUCUCCGCGGUGCUACCAACCAACUCCUCGACGAGGCCGAGCGUUCGUUGCACGAUGCCCUCGCCGUUCUCUCCCAGACUGUCAAGGAGACCCGAACAGUCCUCGGAGGUGGAUGUUCCGAGAUGCUCAUGUCCAAAUCCGUCGACGCCGCCGCCGCAAAAGAAGCCGGAAAACGCGCUAUCGCAAUCGAGGCCUUUGCCCGCGCUCUCCGCCAAAUGCCCACCAUCCUCGCCGAUAACGCCGGUUUCGACUCCUCUGACCUCGUUGCAAGAUUACGUGCUGCGCAUUAUAAUGGUAUGUCUUCGUAUGGAUUGGACAUGGAGAAUGGUGAUAUUGCGGAUGUGAGGGAGUUGGGGAUUGUGGAGAGUUAUAAGUUGAAGAAGCAGGUUGUUGUUUCGGCUAGUGAGGCGAGUGAGAUGUUGUUGAGGGUUGAUAAUAUCUUGAGGGCAGCGCCUAGGAGGAGGGACCGCCAUUAGACGUGAAGCCAUGUGGGUGU